GUGCCAAGGCGUUUGGCAGGCAGCGCCUCCGCACCGACGCUCAAGGCUCCUCGCCUCAGCCGGGCUCCAUCGGACAAAGGAGGUGUGUUCACGCCCCCAUGCGAGGCGAGCCUCAGGACCACUGUGAGGGACGGCGUGCCAAAGGAACAGAUCCGACAUCUGUUUCGAGGCACACCGGUGUCUGCCAGAGCGCUUAGACCGCGUGCCGCACCACCGGACAAUGCAGCUGCCCAGCCACUGCAACGUCAACCAAGUCGGUCCUCAUCGCACGCAAGGACGGUCGAGCAGACGACGACCUCUCUCCCACAGAGCAACGACAGUUCUGUGAGGUCCCCACCUCCAGAGCUAUGUGUCCGAGUGCGGACAGAUCUGCUUGAGGCAUGGCUGCAGCGCCGCUGGAGAGAACAGUGGCUGCAACGAAGUUGGCUUCGUUGGAGGACCAGCACACGCUCCAACCACGGUAUCCCCCGGUCCGCAGACCCACGCGAGGAUCAACACGAGCGGGCGGUCAGCGAGGAGAAGCUCGAUGUAGGCAGGAAAGAGGUUGUGGUUGCGCUGGCAUCUACACGCUGGCUGCGGGUGUCGCAGGAGCUGAGUCGACGACAAGAGAUGGCACAGCAGAGAGCGAGCCAGGAGCGCACGGCGGCCUUCGUGAAAGCUUUCCUGCUGCGAUCGGCACGGAAGAGGCUUCACCAGGUAUUUCGAUGCUGGCGGUAUGCCGCCAAAUCUGCAGGGCACCGCGCAGGCGUUGCCUGGCGCCGCAGCCAUCGCUGGGCACACCUGCGCGCGGGAUUUCAGGCGUGGUUGCGCCUGGUAGAUUACGAGCGGUGUCGGCGUGUACGCAUGAGCCAGGCGAAGGUUCGGCGUUCAGCUCUGGGCCUGGCCAUCUUCCGACUGGGCCGGGCAGCAGAACGCAGGGCGGAGCUCCAGGACCUUUUUCGGCUCCGUUGCGCUUUUGGUGGCUGGCGAAGCCACAGCGAGACUGUGCGUGAGUUGAGUUCCCUCCGCCACUGUUGCAAAGCUCUCUACAGUUGGCGAGGGAUCCCCGGUGGCCUCGCCGAGAAGACGGCGCCCAAGCCAGACCUUGGCGUAAAUCCGUCCCCGAGGCCAGAUGAUACCUCCAUGCUGCACAUGGAGGAGCCCUCCGAUGCUAACCCGCUGCCAGGCGGCCUCGAGUCGAGGGCACCGGCGUCCCCGAGGGCCCAGCGACUCGUCAAACGUGUGGACCUGCUCAUCUCCCAGCUUCAGAGGCCGCAAGUGGCCUGCAAACGGAGACGAAACGACCAUGUCGCGGCACAAGUUCCGGGCUUGGAUGACUUGGGUGCAGAAGCGGCCAUCCUCGAUCUGCCACAUGCACUCCUGAGGCGAUUUACCGCCCCGAGUCGGCAGCAUGACAGCGACAGCGAGGAGGAAGUGGUGAGCUUGCCGGCAGCAGAUGCGCGCGAGCCACUGCCUGGGCAGUUCAAGAAAAAGAUCAUCACUAAGCAGCUCUACUGGGUCACGUUGGUUGCUCCCUUCCCUGCACAGUGGUUUGGAAGGGGACAUGUGCAGAUGCAAGACUUAGGAGUGAUCUCUGCCGUCGCUACGGGUGAGGCUACAGGGCGGCAGUUGAAGAAGACGCCGUCCUUGGGUGAAACCACAGAAAGGAUCAACGACUUGGUUCGGGAGGCAUGCAGAGGAAGAGUUGACUUGAAGCCGUUUGCCGGGCAGGCAUCGCACCCGAUUGCCUUGGCAGACGCCGUCGUCCAGCGGAUGACAAAGGCCGAGAAGCAGGUUCUGCUUGCCACCUAUUUGGGCUCGUACGUAAACAACAAGGACGAUCGCCGCCUGUUUCUGGGUCUCGCGAGCCGACGGAAAGUGACGGUGAGGAAGAAGAAGGAAGACGAUGACAUUCCGUGCUGGGAGAAAGCACCCAAGUCUGUGAGUCUCAUGCGCCUGGUGGCCAUCUACCACAAGCUCGCGUUGGCCAGAACAAGUUUAUUGCUGGGGAACCACUUCUGGCUAACCCUGGUCUCGCUGAAGGAGGCAGGAUUCGUGCGAAUCCGCAACGAGCGCGGCUUUCGGAUCGAUCGAGACAUCAAGGUGGAUAGCUUGGCGAGCUUGUACAUUGCUCGGGCUUGUGCAAUGAGCCUCGAGAUUGACUUGGCCGAGUACCUCUGUUAG